GGCCGCCCUCCACCUCUCCACCCCCUCGUCCUAGCAAAGUUGCCCGGGACUCCCGGCGCGUCGCCGCGGACGCUGGAGAGCAGGCAGACUAGCGCCUGCUCCGCGUCCUCCGCUGCUGGCUGGCCCGAGCCCGCUCGCCCCGUCGCGCUCCCCCGAGGGCAUGCGACAGCGGCGGGACUCUCGGCUCCCGGGCUGGACGGCGCGGGCGAGCGAUAGCGGAGGCAUAGUUCCUGUCCACCAUGAAUGAGUGCCACUAUGACAAGCGGAUGGACUUCUUUUACAACAGGAGCAACGCAGACACCGUGGACGAGUGGACAGGGACAAAGCUUGUGAUUGUCUUGUGUGUUGGGACAUUCUUCUGCCUUUUCAUAUUUUUUUCUAACUCCCUGGUCAUUGCAGCCGUGAUCAAGAAUAGGAAGUUCCACUUUCCCUUCUACUACCUGCUGGCUAACUUAGCUGCUGCGGAUUUCUUCGCCGGAAUCGCGUAUGUGUUCCUGAUGUUUAACACUGGCCCAGUGUCGAAAACGUUGACUGUCAACCGCUGGUUUCUCCGCCAGGGGCUCCUGGACACAAGCCUCACCGCCUCGCUGGCCAAUUUGCUGGUUAUUGCCGUGGAGAGGCACAUGUCCAUCAUGAGGAUGAGGAUUCACAGCAACUUGACCAAGAAGCGGGUGACGCUGCUCAUUCUGUUGGUGUGGGCUGUCGCCAUCUUCAUGGGUGCGGUCCCCACGCUGGGCUGGAACUGCCUCUGCAACAUCUCGGCCUGCUCUUCGCUGGCGCCCAUUUACAGUCGGAGUUACCUCAUUUUCUGGACCGUGUCCAACCUCCUGGCCUUCUUCAUUAUGGUGGUGGUAUACGUGCGCAUCUAUAUGUAUGUCAAGAGGAAAACCAACGUCUUAUCUCCACACACGAGCGGCUCCAUCAGCCGCCGGAGGGCUCCCAUGAAGCUAAUGAAGACGGUCAUGACUGUCUUAGGCGCCUUCGUGGUGUGCUGGACCCCGGGUCUGGUGGUGCUGCUGCUGGACGGCCUGAACUGCAAACAGUGUAACGUGCAGCACGUGAAGCGCUGGUUCCUGCUGCUGGCCCUGCUCAACUCCGUCAUGAACCCCAUCAUCUACUCGUACAAGGACGAGGACAUGUACAACACCAUGCGGAAGAUGAUCUGCUGUGCGCCGCAGGACAGCAACCCCGAGAGACGCCCCUCCCGCAUCCCCUCCACCAUCCAAAGCAGAAGCGAGACGGGCAGCCAGUACCUGGAGGACAGCAUCAGCCAGGGCCAGGUGUGCAAUAAAAACAGCUCCUGAGCCAAGGACGCCUCCGCCCUCUUCCCCCGGGGACAGAGCUGUUAAGAAUCCUCACCCGUCUCACAGAGCACAUGGACAGGGUUGUUUGAGGGCUCCAUGAAUCAUUGCUGGGGCUUUUAAGAUUUCAUUGUCAAGGAAGAUAAGAUACCGCGUUUAGUAAAAGUGCACAGAGGGGAGAGAUGAACAGUGGGUUAAUCCGGCUUGCUGUCUGUGAACCGCUCCGAGCGCCCUCCAGCUCUCGCGCGAGGCAUGCUGGGCUCUGCCACCAUCUUGCCGCCAUUGUCUGUGUUUUCAAAGAUGGUGUUCAAAGUCCUAGGUCAAAAGAAGUAGUAAAUAAUGGUACCUGAGCCUCCUUGUGUGGCUGCUAGACUCUAUCGUUGUUUCUGCAUGGGUUUAAAAUGUUCAGAAAGUAUUUUAGCAGUGGACUUGGAGUUCCCAAGAGAAGCAUGGCCAGGAGAUAGGUGGGCAGCUGUAUAGUAGAGUAUUGACCAGCAGGCUGAACCUCUUCAAAAUAGUGUCAAUAGUGUCGGUUUUCUGGAUACCACUGAGGGGUUUGCUGGAUCCCGUGUGCAGAGUAAUUGCACAUCAGGUAUUUUAACCAAAGCUGCCAGCAUACUCUAUCUUACUUGUGGACUGAAUUUUGAUCUAUGGUUUUUUCCUUCAAAGACCUCUGAAAGGGGGCUGGCGAGAUGGCUCAGCAAUUAAGAGCACUGACUGCUCUUCUAAAGGUCCUGAGUUCAAAUCCUAGCAACCACAUGGUGGCUCACAACCAUUUCAUAAUGAGAUCUGACUCCCUCUUCUGGAGUGUCUGAAGACAGCUACAGUGUACUUAAAUAUAAUAAAUAAAUAAAUCUUUAAAAAACAAAAAACAAAAAACUCUGAAAGGCAGAUCAGUUAAAAACGAAAAUAAUGUUUCUUACACAUAGACCAGUGUUUUCUAUGUAAGACAUUUUGAGUAUAUUCUGACUUAAAGUAAGAAUAACUUCAAGGCAGGCAGGUACUACGGUAUUUAUGUAGUUUGCAAACGACGUUUACAUGCUCUCUCUCUCUUUCUCUCUCUGCUGUUGUGAUGUAACAUUUAUGUGCACAAACUACUUGUAAUAAAAGAUUUUAAGAAGGUAUGCUUUGAGAUAUAAUGGCCUGAAAUUAGAGCAUUAUGCUUUGAAGUCUUAGAUUUUACAUGCUUGAUGCAGUAGGUAGGUGUACCCAAAGUUUAUGUGAAAGCUACCUAUAAAAUAAAAAAUUUAAAGGA